GCGUGUGCUCGAGCGAGCGAGGAUGGGCACGGGAUAGAGGCACAGCCACCCACACAUCGCGGCCCGGAGCUGGGCGUCAGAGCCUCCAGCCGCCACUAGCGGGUCGCCAAGGCUCUGAGCGCUGGGACCCCUCGCCGCCGCCAACGCUGUCUUGCGACCCCGGGCAGGAGAGGGGUGAAACUGAAGAUCAGCCACUUCCCCUGCGUGUUAGCACUUCGAAGACUUAAAGACUAAAAGAGACGUUUCCAAUGAAUUGCUCCAAGGUGUAAACACGUGUGGUUGUCUGCACCCUAGGACACUCAGUUCCACUGGCUUUGGACAUACUCGGGGUUUGCAAUGCCUCCCCCUUCGGACAUCGUAAAGGUGGCCAUAGAAUGGCCAGGCGCCUACCCCAAGCUCAUGGAAAUCGAUCAGAAAAAACCACUGUCUGCAAUAAUAAAGGAAGUCUGUGACGGGUGGUCUCUUGCCAACCAUGAAUAUUUUGCACUGCGGCAUGCCGACAGUUCCAACUUUUAUAUCACAGAAAAGAAUCGCAAUGAGAUAAAAAAUGGCAGUAUUCUUCGAUUAACCACAUCUCCAGCUCAAACUGCCCAGCAGCUCCACGAACGGAUCCAGUCAUGGAGUAUGGACGCCAAGCUGGAAGCCCUGAAAGACUUGGCCUACCUCUCCCGGGAUGUCACGUUCGCCCAGGAGUUUAUCAAUCUAGACGGCAUCUCUCUCCUCACCCAGAUGGUUGAAAGUGGCACAGAGAUAUUGAAAGAUUUCCAAGAAAUGAUAAGUUUGACCGAUACCGUGUGUCUGUAUAUAGUUAUGCAUGGAGAUGUCUUAUGGCAGUUAAUUAUGUCCCCCUUGGAUUUUCAGAUAGCAAGUUUUGUGAACAAGUCAGCCAUAGACAUCUCAAUCCUGCAGCGAUCCUUGGCCAUUUUGGAGGCGAUGGUGCUCAAUAGCCAUGACCUCUACCAGAAGGUGGCGCAAGAGAUCACUAUUGGCCAGCUGAUUCCGCAUCUUCAAGGGACAGAUCAAGAAAUCCAAACAUAUACCAUUGCAGUGAUAAAUGCACUUUUCCUGAAGGCCCCUGACGAGAGGAGGCAGGAGAUGGCGAAUAUUUUGGCUCAGAAACAACUGCGUUCCAUCAUUUUAACACAUGUCAUUCGAGCCCAGCGGGCCAUCAACAAUGAAAUGGCACACCAGCUGUAUGUGCUGCAGGUGCUCACUUUCAACCUCCUGGAAGACAGGAUGAUGACCAAGAUGGACCCCCAGGAUCAGGCUCAGAGGGACAUCAUAUUUGAACUUCGAAGAAUUGCCUUUGAUGCUGAGUCUGAACCCAAUAACAACAGCGGCAGCAUGGAGAAACGCAAAUCCAUGUACACCCGGGAUUAUAAAAAACUUGGCUUCAUUAAUCACGUCAACCCAGCGAUGGACUUUACCCAGACUCCUCCUGGAAUGUUAGCCCUGGACAAUAUGCUCUACUUCGCUAAGCACCAUCAGGAUGCCUACAUCCGGAUUGUGCUUGAGAACAGCAGCCGAGAAGACAAGCAUGAAUGUCCCUUUGGUCGCAGCAGUAUAGAGCUGACCAAGAUGCUGUGUGAGAUAUUGAAAGUGGGCGAGCUGCCUAGUGAGACCUGCAACGACUUCCACCCGAUGUUCUUCACCCAUGACAGAUCCUUUGAGGAGUUUUUCUGCAUCUGUAUCCAGCUCCUGAACAAGACGUGGAAGGAAAUGAGGGCCACUUCUGAAGACUUCAACAAGGUAAUGCAGGUGGUGAAGGAGCAGGUUAUGAGAGCCCUUACAACCAAGCCUAGCUCCCUGGACCAGUUCAAGAGCAAACUGCAGAACCUGAGCUACACCGAGAUCCUGAAGAUUCGCCAGUCUGAGAGGAUGAACCAGGAAGACUUCCAGUCUCGCCCGAUUUUGGAACUAAAGGAGAAGAUUCAGCCAGAAAUCUUAGAGCUGAUCAAACAGCAACGACUGAACCGACUUGUGGAAGGGACCUGCUUCAGGAAACUCAACAGCCGGCGGAGGCAAGACAAAUUUUGGUAUUGUCGGCUUUCCCCAAAUCACAAGGUCCUGCAUUAUGGAGACUUGGAAGAAAGCCCUCAGGGAGAAGUGCCCCAUGACUCACUGCAGGACAAAUUGCCAGUGGCAGAUAUCAAAGCCGUAGUAACGGGAAAGGACUGCCCUCACAUGAAAGAGAAAGGUGCCCUUAAACAAAACAAGGAGGUGCUUGAACUUGCUUUUUCCAUCUUGUAUGACUCAAACUGCCAACUGAACUUCAUUGCUCCUGACAAGCAUGAGUACUGUAUCUGGACAGAUGGGCUAAAUGCGCUGCUGGGAAAAGACAUGAUGAGCGACCUGACCCGGAAUGACUUGGACACCCUGCUCAGCAUGGAAAUCAAGCUCCGCCUCCUGGACCUCGAAAACAUUCAGAUCCCCGACGCCCCGCCCCCAAUCCCCAAGGAGCCCAGCAACUAUGACUUCGUCUAUGACUGUAACUGAAGUGGCCAGGCCGGAAGUGCCCCCUCCAAAACUGGAAAACCUAGCUAACGGGAGAGAGGAAUGAAAACCCGCCCAGGCCUUGGAAUCCUCUUUGGGGAAAGGGAAGCUGUGGGUUAACACUUUCUUUGGCCUCACCUCUAGCCCCAGAAAUUUUCUGCCCCUACAUGGAGCCUUGCUCCCUUUGCUGAUUCUGUUUCUAGACUUCAUUGCUUUAGGUCACUUCCCAUGGCUGCAGUCCACGGGUGGGAAAAGAGCAAAACCCACCGCCAAUACUGGAGCCCAAGGGCCCUUGCAUCCUCAUCUUCCAAAGGCAGGUGUGUCCUCCCUCCCUGGAGUAGGAAAGCCAGCAGCAACAGACUGCCUGAGGCUUGACCACCAGACCAAGAGAGUGCUCCAAGGCCUGUCCUAGAAGAAAACGGCCUAGCUCCUUGAGAAGACCAUAUACCACCUCCCCCUUCCCCUUCUUUCUAGAGUCAGUUCACACAGCCAGUUCCAUUUGAAUUGAGAUCUGCUUUCAAAUCCCCCACCACCACCCUUCUCAGCUUUGCCUCGCCCUGUUCGUCUUUGGUCUCAUCAUAGCCCUCAUCGUAGUCUUUGCCAGCCCUGGGUCCUCAAACACACAGUCCACUCGUGUCUGUACUGUGACUGUGCCCAACCUUCCCUCCUUGCUACCUAGUCUUGGGCCUCCUCUCCCUACCCCAGCCCAGACCUGUCUUCUUCGUUUCCGCACAUGCUCCCUGUCCCUUAGCUGAAAGCACAAAUGGUAACAUCAGUAAUCAUGUUCCGUCUCUAAUAUACUAAACCUAAAUGCCUCUAUGAUGGGCUGUUGCUAUCAAGGGUUUGGUGUUACCUUCCCCUGGGGGGUCCUGCUGCAACACAGGUCCACAGGAUGGGCAAGCUGUCAGACAUCCACGUUUACAUCACUGUAAUUAUUACAGGUAUUUACAAUCUGCAAGGGUUUGGGGUUGGUUUUUGUUUUUGUUUUUGUUUUUUUUUUUUGCUUUGUUUUUGUACAAAAGAGUCUAACUUUUUUUUGCCAAACAGAUAUAUAUUUAAUGAAAAGAAGAGAUACAUAAAUGUGCAUACUUUCCAGUUUGUUUUUUUAAUUAUUUUAAUCCCAAGCAUCUCCCCUAGAAUAACAUUCCCUUAACUAUGCUGUGGAAUAAAAUUAAUUGUGAUGAGUUGGGAGCUGGUGUUUUGAUUUGGUACCGUGUUGUUGUUAUUAGUUGCUGUCAAGUCACCUCUGACUCAUGCUGACCUUAUGUAUCAUAGAAAGAAACAUUGCCCAGUCCUGUACCAUCCU